AUGCUUUUAACUAAUUUAUAUGAAGUUGAUGAACGUGCAUUAUACAAAGCAAUGAAAGGUGGAGGAACUGAUGAAGAGACAAUUAUUGAAGUUUUAUGCACAGCAAGCAAUAUUGAAAUUGAAAAUAUUAAACAAGCUUAUCUAUCUGUAAAUACUUGUUUAAAUCGUCCGAAAGCUUAUUCUGAUUUAUUGGUGAAAGCAAUGAAAGGUAUCGGUACCGAUGAUUGUACACUAAUGCGUAUUAUUGUAACAAGAUGUGAGUUAGAUUUAGGAAGUAUUUGUAUAGAAUUUCAAAAAAGUCAAGAUAGUUCACUUGAAGAUUGGAUACGUAAUGAAGCAUCUGGUGAUUAUCAACGACUUCUAUUAGCCUUGCUUGAUGCUGAAUGGCAAUAA